AUGCUUAAACUGUCGCCAACUACACACCUCACGUACUUUAUCAAGGGCAUACAAGAAGCCUUCAAUUGGAGCCGAGUCAUUCAUCUUGUAACAACUUCAAAAACAGUGCAACAUACGCUGCUCAAGAGCUUAGCAUUGAAUGGCGUUGUUUAUCUGGGCAUCCUCAUUAUACUAGAAACAUUCUACAAUACGCCGGAUCACCAUUUAUUUGGGUACUCUUACACUGACCUAACAGGCUAUCCCUUAUAUCUCAUAUGUCUCGUAGUCAAUUCCAAGCUAUACAGCAAAAUCGCACAGCACCAAGCACCAGAGCAACAAAUGACCCUCAAUUUAGUGGCGUCCGUCAAUACUAUCAUCUUGUACGGAAAUUUCGCACUGUUCAUCACAUUUCUGAGAUGCAUUCCGUUUGUGGGAUCCAUCCUGUCGUUCCUUGUUUAUAGCAUCGUCAUGUCUUAUUAUUGCUUCGAAUACAAGUGGAUAAAUCAGGAUUGGACAAUCGAGCAGCGCAUGGUGUAUGCUGAAGAGCAUUGGGCCUAUUGCCUGGGAUUUGGAUUGCCUGCAACGACCCUCAUCUUCUUUCUAUCAACACUGAGAGCAGGCGGUGUGUUUGCACUGAUAUAUCCUAGCUACAUUAUGAUGGCAUCGGUUGCAUCCCCCGAGCCAUUAUCGACGCAUGUUGCGCAUUCAGCUGAUCCUUUUGCACUCCCUUUCAGAGUGCCUGUCUUUUUCGCCAUUCGACUCAUGAACCAAGCUAUUAUCCAGGCCAUUCGAACAUUAGGCGGAUCCAAAGGGGCAACAUAUGUAGUGGAAAAGAAAAAGGACAACCUGGGAAAGCUCGUUUAA